CGCCAAUACGCAUGCGUGGUGAUGCUUUGCGUUAUAGGUAAUAAAAUGGUGCUUUCAUUAAUAUUUAUGAAAGAAAAACAAAGUGAUAUUGGUAUUGUUGGUUUAGUUUUGGGAAAGUAAGUGUUGGGAGGGUUGGUUUACAUUUGGGUGAUGGACUUUUUCAAUUAGAAAUGGCGUAAAGAAAACUACAAUCAUGAAAAACAAGCGACUUGCUGAGUGACGCUUGUACAGCAAAGGCAUUUUAAUCCCAGUAUGAAGGAAAUGGUAGGAGGUUGCUGUGUUUGUUCGGAUGAGCGAGGGUGGGCUGAGAACCCCCUCGUUUAUUGUGAUGGUCAGGGAUGCACUGUGGCUGUUCACCAAGCUUGUUAUGGAAUCGUGACAGUUCCGACUGGUCCAUGGUUUUGCCGGAAAUGUGAAUCGCAGGAGAGAGCAGCAAGAGUUCGAUGUGAGCUGUGUCCAAGUCGAGACGGUGCUCUUAAGAGAACAGACAACAAUGGCUGGGCUCAUGUUGUUUGCGCACUUUAUAUACCUGAGGUUCGUUUUGGAAAUGUGACUACAAUGGAGCCAAUUAUUCUUCAGUUAAUACCUACAGAACGAUUCAGCAAGGUUUGUUAUAUUUGUGAAGAACAAGGAAAAGGCUCAAGGGCUAUGAUAGGAGCUUGUAUGCAGUGUAACAAAUCUGGUUGCAAACAACAGUUUCAUGUUACGUGUGCACAAGCAUUGGGACUGUUAUGUGAGGAAGCUGGCAAUUAUUUGGAUAAUGUCAAAUACUGUGGAUAUUGCCAACAUCAUUACUCAAAGCUGAAAAAAGGAGGUAAUGUGAAAACGAUUCCUCCUUACAAACCAAUUCCAGCAGAUAACGGAUCAUCUGAUUCAUCACCAGAAAAGGAAUCUGAAUCCGUGAUGAAACAAGGCUUUGGAGGAAAGCGCAAAAGCGGUGGAAAAUCCAACCUUGUUGGAGGGAAAAGUGUAGGCAAAGUGGGAGGACACAGCCCUGCAGCCGGAGAUUCUUCGUCCGUUAGCCCUGAUGUGAUGGGAGAAAGUAGUAAAGGGCCUAGUCCUUCCUUUGGCAAGGAUCUUGCUGGCACUGGCGGUAGUAAUGUGACGAAUGCAGUUGCUGGAAACUCAAAGUUCUCUACUUCAAAUUUCAUCGAGAGUGUGAUGACACAAGGUGAGAGUGCAUUUGGGACUGAUGUUUCACAACAGCACCCUCGAGCUUCUGUGCCUCCUGCUUCCGGUCCCAUAGGCAAGAAACGCAAAACAGGAGGAAACCGGAAUCCAGUCGUUGCUUCUGAUGUAUCGUCAGAAGCUGGCUCGGCUCAUUCCACUGUUGGCCCCUUAAUAGUUCAUCCUUCUAAUUCUGGAAAUGCAUCUUCAUCAAAUCACCUGUCACCAAAUGUUUCCCAUGAUUUGGGUAGUGUAAAUUCAUAUGCCGACCCUAAGAAAUCAAAAAACGACACUAACCACUCGGGAGGAUUUUCCAAUAUGACCCACCCACUAACAACAUCAGAAUCUGUUGUGGUUAACAAUGUAAUAAAUAGAACAUCUUCAAUAUCAUCCAGUAAUGUAAUAACGUCAACUGCUAGUACACAUCCAAUGACAACUGGGAUCGUGGUAUCUGUGCCCUUGACAGCUGCAUCAUUGCAACCGUCGGUUCAGGUCCUGCCUCCGGCAGCAGUUGUCACUACAGCCAGUCCUGCUUACCAGCAGACAUCUGUUGUUGCUGCCUCUGGUGCCAAUGGGGCUGUGCCUGUCCCGGUUGCAACCACCGUCGCUGCACCUGCAUCUGCUGCUGUUCCCUCUAGUACAGUUCCUGUGGUUCCUUCAACUUCAGUCGAGCCUGUCUCUGGCAAUAGGCCAGCAGGAGUAGGCCAAGAGGAGCUUCCUCCGCCAGGCAAAAGAGCAAGGUCUCAGUCUACGGAGAAAAAUGACAAAGGUCGCAACAAGAAGCGAGGCAGUGCAGGGGUUAAUAACAUUCCCUCUACCAUCAUCACUUCUACUGCAACCACAACUAUCACUACCACAGCCACUGCUACCACCACCAUCACCACUGCCACUACUGUUAGUACUUCCACUGUCACUCUCACUAGUUCUAGUGCUACUAUUUCUACUGUUAGUAGUGUCAGUAAUACCACUGCCAUCACCACUACCACUGCCACUACUCUCACUGCCAUUGCCUCUGCUACUGCUACCUCUAGUUUAACUCAAGUGACUGCUGUGAAUUGUGGCAACAAGAGAGGAAGCCGCGCAAGCCAUGGAAACUCUAACACACCUCCUCCGCUCCCUGUGCACCUCCCUCCAUCCUCUGUUGGACCGUCGCUGCAGAGUCCUAUGGUGAAGGAGUCCCCCCCAAGUAGCCCUAAUUCUGAAACGACAUCUGUCCACUCUGGCAGUCGUCGGAGCAAAAGCAAGAAGAGCUGCUCCAGAGAAAAGGAGGAAAGGGAUCUAAAAUUGUUUCAGAAUGGUGUUAGUGCGCCACAUAUGUUGGGAAACCAACUGAAUCCUUCCUCUACAAUGGCACAAAAAAUGUCAGAUACUUUGUCUCAGGAACUUGAGGCUCAUAGCAUAUUCAAUGAUUCAAGUAAUUCUACCUCUAAUUUAGUUGGUCCACCUCUUCAUAGCAGAGUAAUUGCCUCAGUUCGGUCUGGGCAGAACAAUUCAAGUUCAUCCACCUCCGCCUCAAGCAGUGCAGCAGCGGCGAAUGCUGCAAGUGCUAGUGCAAGUACAAGUGUAGCGACAAUACCGCAAAGUCUGGAUCAGUUGUUGGAGCGACAGUGGGAACAAGGGAGCCAAUUUCUCAUGGAGCAAGCACAACAUUUUGAUAGGUUUGCUAAAAUUGUAGUAGAAUUUAUCUCUUCUGAUGAUGAAUUUAAAAAAUCUCAUUACACACCAAAUGCAUCAUCGAUCCAUUUUGAGUUUGAAAGAUUGGCACCGAAAAUAGAAGAACUUGGAGUUGAUUCCAUGAUGGGAAUAAUUCCAAUGAUGAUUUUGAAGAAAAUUGCAUCAUUGCUGUCAUGUCUCCAUCAAUUGAGAGCAGAAAAUUUACGUUUGGAAGAACACGUUAAUAGUUUACUGCAACGUAGAGAUCAUCUCCUUGCUGUUAAUGCACGGCUUGCCAUACCUCUAACAUCUCAACCCCCUGCACAAGUUAAUAAUGUGCAUCCCAGUGCGGGAGCAGCCCCACAUCACCAGGAGCCUCCUCGGGCCACGAGAGUUAAUAACAGUUACCUUCCACACCCCAUGGAAAAUGGGUUGCCUCCCGAGCCCUCUCCUCCGGCAGGGAAUUUGGCCUAUCCACAUCAGCAUCGAAGCCCUUUAGCAGCUAAUGCUUCUCCUGCUGAGCGUAAUAUUCCUCCACAGCCCAGCUCAUCCAUGAGACCCAGCCCUGCAUCUGGAGGGUACAUGAUGAGUCAAUCCCCUCUGAAUCCACCUGCACCACAGCCACCACCUGCUCCAGGGUCUGCUGCUUCAACUCCAGGAGUUGUCAGGAGUACCUCAGGAACCCCAGAAUCCAUGAGAAGUGGUGAUGGAAGAAGAUCUGGCAGUUAUCCAGUGUAUCCAGUGGCUUCCCAGAAUGUGUCACAGGUGCCUGUAGUAACAACACAACAGAUGGUUCGACGUGAUGCAAUGUCAGAUCUUCAUCUCAAGAUGCCAUCAUCAAAGCCAGGUUGAAGAAUCUAGUACUUAACUUCCUCAGUGACAGUAAUGCAUCCUUUUAACAAAGUGUUCAAAAACAUUAUGAAUAGUUUUACUUUUCAACUGUACAUAGUACUGUUUAUGUAAAUAUUGGAUAUAAUGAAGCACAGUGCGCGUUCAAAUAAUGCUGUAAGCAUUAAUAUGAAUAUUGUAAACACUUGUGUUAGUCCUUGCUCUUCAUUUUUAAUACUCAAUUUUUAUGCUUUUCUAUUCUAUUUUACUCCUUUGUUUAUUCUUGUUCAGGCAAACAAGAAACUUCAGUAAUUCUGGAUUUGAAAUGCAUAAAAAAUGUUGAAACUUGGUUUUCUGAAAUAUAAAAUUUUUGAGUUAGUAAAUUAUACAAUUUUUUUUUUUUUUUUUUUUAAUUUAACACUAGAAAGCUUAAGGUGAAGUUUUGUGAAUUCUGCCGUCUUCACUCAUGUUUCAACUUUGUUGCCGUGAUGUUGUGGUUUUCUUUGGAAACUGGAUGUGAUGUCUUAUCCAAGUUUUGUCAAUAAAAAUUAAAUCAUUUGCCUUGUUUUUGUGGAAAGUUUUGUGCAAAAUUUAGUCCUGGGACUUCAUGGGUGGACAGUGUGUAAUAAUUAUUAUAAAUAUGUUUACAUUCAUGUAAGACCAUGAGUCCAAUGGAUUCACUUUACACCCUUACAGUGGCAAUACCUUAUGCUUUCUCGGGUUAAUCAUGAAUUUCAUUUCAUAAGUUGGAUAUGUUUAUCAUGGAUGAUUUACUCCAGUUGACAAACAUAAUUUUACCUUGGGAAACUAAUGAAAUCUGUGAGUGUAUUAUUUAUUUUAUUUUAAAUUUGUUAUGAUUUAAUAUGUGUAGAUAGUGUGUUUGAAAUCUGUAGGGGAUGGAUUUUGACUGAAACUUGAAUAGUAUUGAAUAUUUCUGAAAUGGUGGUUCUUUUUGCUACAGCAUUAUUUGAGUAUGCAUUUAAUGAACUGUUAUUACUGUACAAAGUGACUAAUGAGCAUAGUAGUGAAAUACAGUGUGGACAAUUUGACAUGUACAGUUUUAGAGACUACUUCAAGAAUCAGUGUUUGCAAGAAUGUUGUAUGAGAGUAUUUUUUGUAAAAAUAUAUCUUACAGUCUAACAGUUCCUUACCAAUGAAUCCUUGCUGGGAUGAUGCACAUAAACAAUUAAGCCUAUAAAUUUGGAAGGCAGAGAGCAUUUUGUAAAGUAUUAUGAUUCAAUUCACGCCAUUGUGAUUUGCAGAAACAAAAGUCAUUGUUCCUUUAUUUUAAACUUGAUGUAAUGUAGAAUUAAAAAGGCAUAUCAUUUCUCUUGCUAUUCAAGAAUUAACUAAUGAUUUUUUUUAUCGUAUUAAAAAAGAUGAAAAUUGCAACAUAAAUGAUCUCUUCCCUUAUUGUUUUUAAUUAUGCAUUUCUCCCUUUUUAUAAAAUGCAAGUUUCCUUUCUCUUAAAUUUUUGUUGUGGCUGCAUUUACAAAUAACAGUUUUUACAUUAUUACAUUUACAAAUUACAUUAUUAUAAAAUUGUCCAAAAAAAAUACUAAAAUGUUCUAAGUCGCUUUGUGUUGUUUUCUGUGCAAUAGCAUCUCCAGUUGAGUUCCAGUAAGUUUAUAAAAAUAGGGUGUGCAAAGAUACCUUUUUAUUAAUUUGCUUCACGAGAUUGCUGUAAACUUGAGAUAUAUUAAAUUUUGAAAGAAAUUAUUUUAAAAUAUUAGAAUUUGAAAUGUUUUUAAUCGAAAGGAAGUUCAGUAUGCAGAGUUUGUUUUUCAAAUACACCCCAGGAAGAGUGAAAAGUAUAUAAAUAAUUAGUGUCUCCAGAAAUAACUUAAAGGUAAUUGAUAUUACUUGUACCAUAAUUAAUUUUCUCUGAUUUUACUAUUAUCUAUAGAUUGAAUUAAAAUCUGUCUUUGUAAGCAAAUGUGUUUUGGGAUCAGGGUUUUUUCUUUUUAAAAAUUUGCCAACAAAUUAUGAUGUGAUUGAGAUGCAUUUGUUCACAAGCCACAAAUAUACAAAGAUAUUUUUAGUUUCUAGAAGCAUUGAAAAAAAAAAACUGCCAAAAUAUGUAAUUGGAGACCACUGGCAAACUUAUGAAUUCAAUAAGUCUCAAACUUUGAUAGCCCAACUACUGUUUGAAAAGAAUUUCAAGAUAAUUCUAAUUAAAAUUGUUGAUUUAAUUAGGUGGUAUUGUGAAACAAAUUUAUAUACAGCAUUUAAAAUUCAUCUUUGUAGUUAUGGUAACUGAAAAGGGAAUUUUGAGUGACUCAGAGGUUAUGGCAAUGAAAGCAGCUGUUAACCCCAUAUGAUUAAUAUAUGGAUUUCUUAAUUUUUAGAGUAAAAUUUUUAAUGCUGACAUUUCAAUUGAAGGCUGUUUCAUUUGCAAGCAGGUUUUC